GUGGAGUCGACUCGUCGGCACUCACCGUUCCCUCAAAGCCACUUCCCUUCCCUGCGCGCUUGAACAGGCCUUGCACUCCCUGCCAUGGCCUCCAACGCCGACAUAUUUGCCACGCUCCUCUACGCGGCCUGCGAGGGCCUGCCGCUGUGGAACCCGUCCGCGCUGCGGCUCGGCGACGUCGGCUUCUUGCGCGAUGGUUCCUUCCACGUGCUCUACAACGCCAUCGACGGCCCAUCGCUCACGAUGCUCUCGGACGCGAGCCAGCCGGCGCUGGCCAUGCGCACCACGCGGAGCAGCAGCAUCCUGAGCGCCGGCGCUGCGGCUCAUGCCAGCCCACUCGGCUCGCCGGGGGAGGACGCACUUGCGCAAGGCAGAUGCGCGUCCAGCACAAGCAUGCUGACCAGCAGCAGCUCUACCGACACAAACCAAGCGUCCAUCGCCGCUGCACUGAAUAAUGCCUUGUGCCCUGCGUCCACUUCGUCGUCUGUAGCGACGUCACCCCCGCCGGCACCACCGCCGCUGCCGCCACCGCCGGCGAGCACGACUGCCGCAUCGCCUCCACAGUUGCACCGCACGUCUCUGACGCGUAGUUUACUGAGCCGCUCCGCCUCACCGCCCGCCGCGGUGCCGCCGCCGAUGCUGCGCACCUCCCCGCCUUACAGCCCGCAUGCGCCGAGCGGCUUCGAGGAGCUGCGCCCGCCGCUGCCCCUGGCGGUGGACCAAGAAGCGCCACGGGUCUUCACAAUGGGCCCGCGCACGUCGAACAACUUUCGCGCGCUCGGCUUUGAGCUCGGCGCCGAGGUCACGGGUAGCCCCGUAGGCGGCACGAUCAGCUUCGAGACCAGCGGUGGAGACGGUGCACUGCUCGUUCCGCGGGACCCGGUGGAGAGGACGCUGCUGAAACAUGUCGGUGUACUCAAAGCCUACAUCAAAGCACACCGCCGCUGGAUCUUCUCGACCUUCGGCGAGGCAGAGGACAUGGAGAUUGACGAGAUCGCUCUCGUCUAUGGCCAGGAUCGCACAACGGACUGGGGCGUCUCGGUCAGUCGCGACGCCGCGCGCGGCACCAAGCUGGCCUUCGAGGUGUUCAGCAUGGGCAAGGCCGGCGUCUGGGGCGACUGGCGCUCCAGCGGCUCCGCCAGCCAGCGCGGACCGUACCGUGACGGCAGCCAGUACAGGGACCUGCUGCAGGAGCGCGCCAGGAGGGGCACCACGCCUACCAACCCCGCUGCUGCAGCGCACAAUGGGUCCCGCGUACCUGGUGACCCCACCAGCCCAGGGCCGAUGGACGUUGAUACAGACCUGAGUGGGCUCCAUCUCGGCCUCCAUCUCGCUAUGGGAGCAGCAGGAGGAGCCGGAGGAACGGGCGAGAGCCUGAAUUCACACGGCGCCAAACCGGUAUCCUCAACGUUGCAUUCACAGUCGCAAAACGUCAACGCUCUGCAGACAAAUCUCGGGUACGGUAGGGACUGGGAGUGGAUCAAGCAGAAUCCCUUUCCGCGCGACCAAAGUAUCAUCUUGCGGCGCAUCACAGCCAAAAACCGCCUUGGGCUCGGGUUCUUACCCGCUCGCCUCCAUGCAGCGGCCGGUCCACGUCGUGAAGGCCCGCACGGACGCGAUGGCUCAGCCGCCAUCUCGCCGCUGCGUGCCCGCUGCUCCGGCGCGAGCCACAGCGGCAUCUAUACGCACGUGGACCUGCUCGACUUCCUGCAUGCCAUCCUGCUUGAUGCAGCACCGCAAGCACACACGUCGAUCGCGUCGGACGAUGAUUGCCUGGCACUUCUGCACAAGAUCCUUGCCGAUCAUGCAGACCUGCCGGCGUGCAGCCCAUUUGGGAAGCUCGAACAACUGCUCAGGCUGCUCAGGCAAAGUGCGCAGCGCUGGCUGGACGUCACAUGCGACGAAGACGGCUUUGCGCAAGCCGAGAUGCGCCGUACGCCGCGGGCUUGCUAUACCUCGCGAUGCGUCGCAGAUGUGACUCAAGGCGAACAGGGCGCGCCUUCGAAGGCGCUCAUAGACUCGAUCAUCAGGGGCAUUCAAAAACUGACACGCAAGCACACCUACCGGAUACAAGCUUUGCGUACCCCUCAGAAUACCCUGUGCGAGCAGCAUGCACGAGCAGCGAAAGAGCAUUUCAACCACACCUGCAGUCACACCGCAUCCGACGAGGGUGCUAUCCUCUCCAACGGACUGGCUCCCAAGGUAUCCCCUAUCAGCCCGGCGAGCCGCCGUGCGGUUCACACGCCGAACAACAGGCGCCAUUCGGGCGGCUCAAGGUAGAAAGCGAAUAGAUCCUUGCAGAUGUUGUCUCAGAUUGUGUACAUGCGCGCUGGUAUGAUGAUAGGUGACAAUGCAUUCUCUAUUGCGGUGCAUGUAAGAAGGACACGUCACAGAUUUGCUAAAGGUAGACA